GCGUCCUGUCUUCCAAGUCUGUUGGCCCACGCUCUUCCAGAACCUUUAUUUACGCAUUCGUUUCGACUGCAUCUUCUCGAUUGUAUAUUAACGAGGGGGACAAUGCUCCGACGAGCAUUUUACAAUUUUGACCUUGGAAGUGGGGAAAGUGGCGGGACAUUGAUAUGUGCUGGAUGUCUCAAUGCAAUAGAUGAAGAUGAAUUCAUACAGGCACUAAAUCAAGAAUGGCACAUUGAUUGUUUUCGGUGUUCAGCAUGUGAUAUUGGUCUGUCCACAUGGUACUUUGAGAAAGAUGGCUUACUUUUCUGUAAGGAUGAUUAUUGGGCUGCCUAUGGUGAAGCUUGUCAAGGUUGUGGCCAAAUCAUUACGGGUCCUGUCAUGUUGGCAGGAGAUCACAAAUUUCACCCAGAAUGUUUUGCCUGUAAUUCUUGUGGAGCCUUCAUUGGAGAUGGAGAGAGUUAUGCAUUGGUCGAGAGAUCCAAAUUAUAUUGUGGAAGUUGUUACAAGAGGCAAAUGCAGCCGAUCAACAGGACAGCUAAUUGUCCCUUCACAAGAAAGCCACAUAGCAUUAGAUUGGUUGAAAUACCUCCAAAUACUUCUGAUCCUGAAAAACAGAGAGGAAUUAAAUUAACAUUAGACACAACUCCUAGUCCUCGAAAUUGUGGUGCUUUACUUCGUAUAUCCGAGUUAAUGAGAAAUGUUCGUGGAAAAAUCAGUAAGCUGCUGGCCUCUGUGAUGGAGGUUCUGUUUAGACUAUGCUGCCACUUCUCUAAUCAUAGACUGAAUAUGUCCAGUGAUCUCAUAUCUUUGCACAUUGGUGACCGCAUACUCGAAGUAAAUGGUACUCCAGUUAAGGAUCAGCCUAUAGAGAAUAUUGAAAAUCUAAUACAAUAUUCUGACACAGUUGUACAGCUAACCAUUGAGCACGAUCCGGACGCAGUGUCUCGAAGACUCACAUAUUCAUCGCCGUCUGCGGCUAUGUUGACAUCGAUUGCCAGUCCAAGAACAAGUCCCGAAAAUAAAGAACGUUUAUUUAAACGCCGAGAUGAAGGUUACAUCAGUGGAACGCGCAGCAGACAAUUGAGAAGAACCAGGGAUCCUAUGCACAAAGAGCGUAGUAGUUCCAUGUCGCGAUUGCUUGAUGGAUCUUCAACUACAAAUCCUACAUGUGACUUAAGCAGGACUAGAUCGUUUCGUGUCGAACCAAAGAAUCAAAGAAUAUUCCGUGCCAGUGAUCUAGUAAAAGGUGAACUGCUGGGUACAGGAUUUUUCGGGCAGGUGUUUAAAGUCACACACAGAGAUACCAAUGAAGUGAUGGUGCUAAAAGAGUUGUACAGAGUAGACGAGGAGGCGCAAAAAAAUUUUUUGAAAGAGGUUGCGGUAUUACGUUCUUUACAUCAUAAUAACGUUCUCCGAUUCAUCGGUGUUCUAUACAAAGAUAAAAAGCUUCAUUUAGUCACCGAAUACAUAGCGGGUGGAACUCUAAGAGCUUUUCUUCACGAUACGAAUGAAAUCUUACCUUGGGAGCAACGAACGUUAUUUGCUAAAGAUAUAGCCGCUGGUAUGGCUUACUUACAUUCCAUGAAUAUCAUUCACCGAGACUUGAACUCGCAUAAUUGUCUCGUACGCGAGGAUAAGACUGUAGUCGUGGCUGAUUUUGGCCUAGCGAGGAUAAUACAGAACGGUAAUUCUCCCCAUAAUCGCAAAUAUAGCAGACAUUCCGACGGAGAGGCAAAAACAUCGAAGAAAGAGCGAAAGAAAAGGUACACGGUAGUUGGAAAUCCGUAUUGGAUGGCACCUGAAAUGAUGAAGGGUAAUAAGUACGACGAGAAAGUUGAUAUAUUUAGUUUUGGUAUUGUCGUUUGCGAGAUCAUUGGUCGGGUUCAAGCGGAUCCCGACUAUUUGCCACGAUCGUCAGAUUUUGGUUUGAAUCAGAACGUAUUUAAAGAAAAAUUUUGUUCCAAUUGUCCAGAGAUGUUCUAUAUGAUUGCCUUUCUUUGCUGCGAUCUAAAUCCUGACAAGAGACCACCUUUCGAAGUGAUGCAGUUAUGGCUGAAAGCAUUAGCAAAGCAUUUAUCGGUGGGUGCAGAAUUACCAUCAGAUUUGGAGUUCGAUAUUAGAAAUUAUACGGGACCGAGCACGAGUACGAGUGAGUCCACGACUCCAGAGACUCUGGCGCCGCAAUUGAAGCCCAUUAAAGAAGGUCAAGUACAUCAGGAGAAAAAACGGUGCAGUGGUUGUGACGACAGCACGCUGGAACGUGAAGAAACUGUGCCUGCUAGUAAUAUCCUUCAAGUGCCUGACGUGAUAAGCCCUCGAGGAAGAUAUGCAAGACAGAACAGUAAAACGAGCGAAUCUUCCGGGAGUUCGGGUCGUUAUUCCAGACAGAACUCGAGGUCCAAGGAAGCAUCCAUCGACAAACCGGACAUUGUUAUUUCUCCAGACUCUAGUGGAUUUACCGGCUGCUUUCCAAGGCAAAGUGUCAGGUCGAUCGAAUCGCCUGCCCACUUUUCGAACGACAAACAGAAUUCGCACGUGAAGAACGAAGUGGAAUCGAAUUUAAAACGGAUACCUACGAUCGAAAAGAUACGGUACGUGGGUAGAGCGAGCCCGUGCUUUUGUGAGACUUCGAAAUCAUCCACAGGCUCUUAUUUGAGAAGGACGAAGAUUUCUCCUACAAAAGAGACGCCAAAGAAUGCAUUUUCCCCGCAAAAGAACAGUCAAUCGGAAGCUGGUAUUUCGUUGCGAUCGAAAGUAAGCGUAAUGCCCGGAGAAGUUAGCGAGGACGAACCUGGCAACAACAAGGUAAUCAGGCAGGAAAGUAACGUUUCGGAUAUCGGUAGUAUAUUGUCUAGGCAAGGAAGUCUCACAGUAUUGGACUGCACGGCCAAACACAAAGAUAAGAUGUACAAAGAUUAUUCGCCUUUUAACACCUUGCAGAAGGAGGAUCUACGUAAAGGAGCCAGUUUCAGAAACAAUACUACGCUUCAUUAUGCAGACAGCCUCUAUUCGAAUUCGAGUCUUUCCAAGAACGACGAUUUUCUCACGUACAACGCACGAAAUGACAUUAAUGUAGAUAACAAAAAUGAUUGCACCACGUCCGGCCAAGAUUGUACGAAUUUCGAAACGAACGACUCUAAGAAACCAGUACUCGAAACAACGUCGAUGUACGAUGAAAAAUUGCCUAACUCUUUAACGGAUUACACCGGAUGUUACAAGAAUGUGGAUCUAUGCAGGCAGGAUAGUUUUGGUUCUGACAGCGCGGUUGGCACCAUGAGGAGUAACUUCUUCGCAGACUUAGAUUUAGUUCAAUUAAGAGACGGCAGGCACACACCGGAUUUGUGCCACACACCCGAACGAUGUUGCACUCCUAAUCGGGCUGCAUCGCCAAUAGAGAGUACAGCUUUGUGAAGUUUCCACACUAACAAAGUAACGUAUUACGUUCGUAAUGAAACGGAUCUUUACUAAUCUCAUUUUUUUUUUUUUUACGCUUAAUCGAAGAUCUGGUAAUUUAAGUUGUUUAGUUCUCACUCUUAUUUCUUUUUUAACGUUCACAAUAAUAAAUAAUCAUCGCGAAGCGAUUAUUUUUUUCUUUUUUUUUAAUUAAAUGUGUUUUGACGCGCGAGAGAAAAAAAAAGUAUUAUUAACAGUUUGAUGUCCAGUAUUAUAGGGAGUCCCAUGAUCAGUCUACGUGAGUUUGAAACAUUUUGGAUGGCAGAGGGAGAUGCCAUCCAGACGAACUCGUACAAAAAAGGUUCGCAUUCCUGCAAGAUCUUGUCUUGUGGUUCACAUAAGCGGGAGUUUAUGUAAUUAUAAGACUAACGAAAGCAUUCCAUCCAGAAUCGUAUUUGAUGCAUUCAGAAUCGAUAGAAUUAACCGCGUGCUUUUGAGAAGAGUGAUGGUCCGUAAACGCACCGAUCGUGUUUCAACAAUUUUUGAAUGGUGUUCCCAAGGGCACUGAACAAAAAGUCUGAAUCGGUGCAUCUCCAGUUCUUUAUUCUUUAUGGAAAUAUGGGAUUAUAUCGAAGAAGUUAUAAGCAUUAUUGUAGAAUCAGUUUUGUAGAAUAGAGUGUAAAAAAAUGAUAUUCUUUACCGGAUAUAUAUGUACAUCAUACUGUAAAAUAUUAUUCGCAUAUAUAUGAUGGUGAUGUGCAUGUACAAAUUAUCAACAUGUAUAAAUUUUGGAUUCGUUAGUUAUAUCUUUGUUAUUCCCAUAGCAAAUAUAAUUUCACCGAUAUGAUAUUAAAUACUUUCUUUUCUUAUGUUCUCGACGUUGUUAUUUAUACUUUCUAUUUGUCUUUAAUUUGUAAAUUGCAAAAUUACUUUUUAUUUAACUUGAGUAAUCCACACGUUACACAACACACUCAUACAUAUGUUGACAAAGGUAUAAGUGAUGAAUAGUAUGAUGUGUAUAAUAUAAAAGAAUGUACAUAUAGUUUUGUAUAUAUAUAUUCCAACAUUUGUCAUGUUCAAAACACUGUUUACAGAACGUGUAUUUAACAGUAAAAAGCUUUAUAUUGAUAAUGUAGAGACGAAGGUUCUUUUGAUACUAUUAAAAAAAAAAGUUGUAUUUCUAUUCUAUUACAUUCUAAUUAUAAGCAAAAUGUUCCCUAAUUUAAUCGAGGUAGAGCGGACAGCACAUUACAGGAUUUAAAUGAUUUGCAAUUGAAUUUCAAAUGUCACGAAGAAGAAAAACAAAGAAGCACGGUUAAUAUUUUCUACACAAGUUAGUAAGAUGUCUGCACUUUAUGCUGCAUGCAAAAAUUUAUUUAUUUUGUUACUUAUACUUCUUUACCGUUUACUUUUUUAACUCAUACAAUUGGCUAUGUAUUAAAACGUUGCUUUUUUUUAUUUUGAAAAACCAUUUUUGUUUAUUCAAACGCUGUUAUUAAAAGCACUUCGAUUCAUUACACCAAAUAAAUAUUUAUUAUCUGUGAUAAAAAAUGUUUUGAAGCUAUCUAUAGUUGAAAAAUUUCAAGUGGAAGUGAAGUGAGGAAAUGUUACUAAAAUAAAGGAACCCCAUUUCUCUUACUCUUUAAUGUAUAAGAAGAAAGAAAAAUUACUCGCAGCAUUAAACUAUGACGACAUAUUAACGAAAGCAGAAAUAA